AUGGUGGCCAAGAAGCUCAAGCACUACUUCCAAGAGCAUCCCAUCAAGGUGGUGUGCACCACUCCCCUUGCGGAAAUCAUCGGCAGCAAGGACGCCAAUGAGUACGAGGCGCUCAUCCAUGGGCUCAAGCUGGCCAAGGAAAUCGGCGUGCGUCACAUUCUGUGCUUCGGUGACUUCGACCUGUGGAUUGAAGCCAAGCCGAUCAAGAAACUGGAUGGCUCCACAGCCAUCUCCUUCCUCAAGGACAUCAUAGUGCGAUACGGCUAUCCCCACAGCAUCAUCACUGAUAACGGCACCAACUUCGCCCAAGGCGUCUUCUCCCACUUCUGCGGGGAAAAAGGAAGCCAGCUGGACCUAGCUUCUGUGGCACGCCCAGAGUCCAAUGGACAGGUGGAAAAAGCCAACAGGUUGAUUCUAGCCGGCAUCUGGCCCCGGCUGGUGGGGCCGUUCGAGCGAGUAGCCGGCUGCUGGAUUGAAAAGCUGCCCUCCGUACUAUGGAGCAUGCACACCACGCCAAAACGCUCUUUUGGCUUCACGCCAUUCUUCCUCGUUUAUGGAGCCAAAGCCGUCCUGGCAACUGAUAUCGAGCACGACACGCCAAGGAUCAAGCUAUACACCAAACCGGAAGCCAAAGAGGCCUACGAAGAUGGAGUCGACUUGGUCGAAGAGGCCCAGCUGUUGGCCGUGUCCUGUGACGCCAUCACAACUAGAAGGUUCAACCCUUGGCAUUUCGAGAAGGUGGCCCAGUGCUCCGGCUGA